AUGGUGUUUCUACUUUCUUGGAUUAUCCUUGGACCUGCAAAGCCCCAUGAAGAUCUGUUGGUCUGCAUAUUGGAGGAAGGAAAGGUUGGGCCUGGAGUUAUGCAUGUCAAUCCGGUGAAAGAAAAAACAUGUCCCUGGACGUGUGAUAGGUUAUCAAACUCACCGGAUAAUCAAGGAAAGAAGAUUCAGUCGUCCAAGCAGGCUAAAGAUCAAUCAACUACGGAUAUGAGGACAGGAAUCAAAAAACGAAAGAGGAGAAAUAAGCAGCAAAAUACUGUUGAACUUGCACCUUCUUUUUGGAACAGGAUCUGUCCACAAGAUGUGGUUGACGCUGGAAUGCAUCUGAAUCCAGCAAAAAAGAAUCAUUCUGCUUGGUUCAGUUUAACUCCUUCCUGUGAUCAAAAGAACACUCUGCAACUUCUAGUGGAACCAUACUUACAGAUAACCAUGGAGGGGAAUCCAGAUGUGUCUAUUCUCAUGAAGUAUAUCGCGUUGCAACUUAAGCAUGUUCACCAACAGGAGGUUGGUAUCUUCUUGAAUGGAAAACUUCUUGCCCCGGAAAUGAAGCUGCUUGACGUGGUGAAGCAGUGGAUAGCUAUUGUUGAUUCAGAGAGGAAAAUAACCAAGAUAGGAAGUUCUGCCGAGAACUUCUGUGUGAAGCUGACUUAUGCUUGAAGAGAAUAGACAAAACUAUGCAUUUAUAAUAAAAUCCGACAAAUGUUUGUUCCUUAAUUAUGCCAUUUAGCCGAUUGACUUUUACAAUUUCUUGGUUAAUGUUGAUGGAAUGAAUUAAUUAGGUGGUUCCAUGGUGAUUAUUAGACUUUUAAAAUUAAUAAUGGUUACAUUGUUUUUGAGUAACCAACUAGCAAUGAUCUUUGAAAAUAACAUACAUCGGAGUUAGGGC